GACGUCAAGCAAAUGCGAUCAGUCCUAGCAAUCUCCAUUGCGUGUUAAUCUAGCGACGAACCUAUUACGCAGCAAUCGGUGUCAAUUUAACAUAGCAGUAGUAUACUGGAAAACGUUGCAGUGAACCAUCUUGAAUCAAGAAAGAAAAGCUUUGCCAUAAGCCUGUUUCCAUCAUGCCAAGGGGUAGAGGUCACACGACCGUGGUAGUAAACAGACGACGCCCUGCUCCAGUUGCACGAACCGCAACCGCCGUGGCUGCCGGAGCUGUGAUUGGGUCCGCCGCGUCCUCAGCAUCAAAAUCACAACCCACGACAAACACUCACACCAAGGAAGUUGUAUACGUUGUCAAUAAAAACUCGGACAGCGACAGCGACGACGAGAAAAAAGAAAAGGCGCCACCAGCGACACCGCCAGCAGGUUAUCCAUACCAUUACCCUCCACCGUCCGGCUACUACCGCUACCCAGCAGGGACUUACCCACCACCUACUACGCAACCAGGGGCACAACCGUACCCGUACACAUACCCAUACACCCAACCACCUGCAGGUCAGCCACAACCCGCCGCUUAUUAUCCAUACCAACCACCACCGCCAACGACGACGGGUGCUACCGGGGUGCCAUCGGCAUAUACGUAUCCUCCACCGCCCACAACGGAGGGUACCGGGGUUCUACCGGCAUAUACGUAUACUCCACCGCCGACGACGGAUGGUACCGGGGUUCAACCGACAUAUACGUAUCCUCCACCGCCGCAACCCGGGUACCCGGCACCCACCGCGGAACAGCCCGUCACCGCGACUACGCCACCAGCGACGACUGAGGCCGUUACCGUAGUGACAGACGCGAAUACAUAAAUGAACAUCAUAUUUAAUGACAAUUGUUAAUAGUUAAUCGAACAAACACAAUAUUGAGGCAAUAUUUUCAGCAGUUUUUUUUAUAUUUUAUUCUAUAGAACUAGAAUUUUACAACGUUAUGUAGGUUAUAUCACGGUUACUCGUAACCAUGAUAAUAUAGGGCGAUUCGGCGGGGGAUCUUUUCCAUUAUAUGAUAUUUCAUAUCAACAACAAAAAUAACAACGGAAUACACACAUACGGGGAGCCAGGUCAUAUUUUUUAUUUUAGAUUCUGAUUAAACAUGUCCCUAAUUUGUAUAAAAUAUCAUGGUGAACAGUAUAGAAAGUGUUAUAUUUGUUAUAGGUAUAAAAGUGUGGUACAUUUUUGUGGCAUUUCAUACAUUGUUAAACUAAUAUAAUCUGACGUUAAAUUAAAUGUGUGUAUGUAUGUA